ACGCCGUCCUUUCGUUUCCGGGUUUGCCCUCACUUUGGGUUGCCGUUUGCGCUUCAGUCGUGCUGACGAGCUAAAUAGUAAAUCUAUAUGUUGUAUUUAAACUAUGAAGGAAUGAGUAUGAGGAGUGUGUAAAAGUGUGGCGCGACUCUGUUCCCAUUUGUGACCCAAUGCCGGUACCGUAGUUGCUCAGUGACCACAACCAACAUGUCCGCAGAGGGAGUCCACAUUUGCCGAGGAGGAAUGCGGUAGGCGGGGCCGCGAGGCUUGUGUCAAACUUUGGCAAUGACAGCACGAGUGUCGCAGGAUUCGCGAAGAAGGCAAAGUGUCGCCCCUGUUGCAGCUCUUUGGAUUGCCUGGGACUUGUCUAAUUUUUUUUUCACCCCCAGACGUUCUGCUUACGGCACCCACACUUUUUCUUUGACGGGCUCAAAUUGCACAUACGUCCUCAGCCAUGUCGGAGGACUUGAGCUCCCAACCGUGGUCCAUCAACAAAGAUGACUACGAGCUACACGAGGUGAUUGGGAGCGGCGCCACAGCUGUGGUUCAAGCCGCCUACUGCACACCGCGCAAGGAGAAGGUGGCCAUCAAGCGAAUCAACCUAGAGAAGUGCCAGACCAAUAUGGACGAGCUCUUGAAAGAGAUCCAGGCCAUGAGCCAGUGCCAUCACCCCAACAUCGUGUCUUACUACACCUCCUUCGUGGUGAAGGAUGAACUGUGGCUGGUCAUGAAGCUGCUAGGUGGUGGCUCGGUGCUGGAUGUGAUCAAGCACAUCAUCUCGCGAGGCGAGCACAAAACAGGCGUCCUUGACCAGGCCUGCAUAGCCACCGUGUUGAAGGAUGUUCUCGAGGGCCUCGAGUACCUGCACAAGAACGGGCAGAUACACAGAGAUCUCAAAGCUGGAAACAUUCUCCUGGGAGAAGAUGGUUCCGUGCAAAUUGCAGACUUUGGCGUGAGUGCCUUCCUGGCCACCGGCGGCGACAUGACGCGCAACAAAGUGCGCAAGACGUUUGUGGGAACCCCGUGCUGGAUGGCGCCUGAAGUCAUGGAGCAGGUGAAGGGCUACGAUUUCAAAGCGGAUAUCUGGAGCUUCGGCAUCACCGCUAUCGAGCUGGCCACCGGGGCGGCGCCUUACCACAAAUACCCACCCAUGAAGGUGCUGAUGCUAACGCUGCAGAACGACCCGCCGGGCCUGGAGACGGGCGUCAGCGACAAGGAGAUAGUGAAGAAGUACGGAAAGUCCUUCAGGAAGAUGAUCUCCAUAUGUCUGCAGAAGGACCCGGAGAAAAGGCCAACGUCCUCCGAGUUGCUCAAGAAUAAAUUCUUCCAGAAAGCCAAGACACACGACUACCUCCUUGAGAAACUUCUUCAUAGGGCUCCUACGAUGUCAGAGCGAUCCAAAAGGGUACGUCGCGUUCCGGGUUCCAGCGGGCGCCUGCACAAGACGGAGGACGGCGAGUGGGAGUGGAGCGACGACGAGCUGGACGAAGAGAGCGAGGAAGGCAAAGCGGCCGUGGCCGCCUUGAGGUCGCCAAGGGUGAAGGAGGCGCCGCGGAACACCGAGAUGUUCCAGACGCCGGAGCCUUUGAGUGGACGGACCGCUGCUGCUGGUGAAUCAGAACUACCUCAGGGUGCAGCCACACUUGCGUCACAGGCAACAAACGGAGGAACCGCUACCGCCGCUCCGACGCCGGUUCCUUCGAUCUCAAGCAUCGUCACGUCUCCAAUUAGUUUGGUAUUACGGCUAAGAAAUAAAAAGAGGGAGCUGAACGAUAUCCGCUUUGAGUUCAUGCCAGGCCGAGACACAGCAGAUGGUGUCUCGCAGGAGCUGGUGUCAGCAGGCCUGGUGGAUGGGAGGGAUUUGGUCGUAGUUGCUGCAAAUUUGCAGAAAAUAGUGGAUGAGCCCAUAACCGAUAAAAAUGUCGUUUUUAAACUGGCUUCUGGAGUCGAGGGAUCCGAAAUACCGGAUGACGUCAAAUUGAUCGGCUUUGCUCAGCUCACCAUCAGCUAAACUGAUGUUUCCAACCAUGAGACCGUGACUUGCCUAAAACAUGUGAAUUUUUUUUUUUUUGGGGGGGGGGGCGGGGGCAUAUUUAAAUAUUCAUAGAGAUUUUGAUUUUUUUUUUCUACGGCUGGAAAGAAAACCAGAACUGCCAAAGAAACCCACCGUUCAAUGGUCGACUUUUUUGAAUGAGCCCGAUGUACGACGGGUUCAUGAAUCACUCCAAAAAACGGCGCCGAAAAAAAAAAUGUUUACAGUGUACUUGUUCGCUGUCUGCGACAAUGUUCAACCGCUGUCUGGAUUCUUUGGGUUUUGCUUUCCUCCGAUAGUUGGAUGCAUUUGCACAAUCUCAACUAACACGCUUUGAACGUUUAACAAUGACUUGUGUUUAGCAAAACUACUGAAUGCGCUUUGUUAAUUUUAUUAUUUUUUUUUUGCUAUCAUGUAUGGUUUCAGUUAACGUCGAGCUCUGGAGAACCACAAAAAACGUCAUACGGCACUCACGCUUAAAUGGAAGACGAGUAAAUAUUUCAGAACUCGUUUUUGUACAUUUGCGGUCCAGCAUGUUACUUUUGUGCAGUUUUUGAAUCCUUGAGCUUGCAUCCCAAAAUCAAACAGUUGCGGAAGACUGACGCAUCACCCCCCCCCCCCGCCCCCCCAAAAAAUCAAGCAGCGACGUACAUAUCUCUCAUUUGCCUUAAUAGUCCCAAUCUAGCGAUAAAAGUGAUUAUCGGAAAUAACCCUUGACAGCACCGAUGUAGGAAGUGGAACGAUGCCAACGAUGGUGUACAUGUCAACGUAUAACAUAUAUUUUUGGUCUUACAAAAUUGGGCCGUGUUAUAUACUUAUUUGUGAUUUCAUGCUAAACGGUGCCAUGAAUCAGAACCGCCAGAAAACCAAACAAAUUUGGAGAACGUAUAGUAGAUGCUAAUCUUGGCGUUAUGAUCAACCUAUGCCUUAAUAAUGACGUUGCUGGAAUUCUUGCGUCAAUUCACAAUAUCAACAUAAGCGCGCGUCUUACCAUAAAACUUUUUGUUUGUUUUUACGUGAAGUCAACAUCUAUCGAUUUCCAAUCGAACACCGAAAAAGACAAAAUGACAAUAACAAAGUCAAACGUCUCACAACUGAAACCACACAUUUUCCAAAGUUUCUUAACCGGCCAAGUUUUUGUCGAGUCAUUCACAAAUGG